AUGCAAUUAAAUAUUCAUAAACCAAAUUUAUUAUCUUUUGUUUUGAUUGGUUUAACUUGGAUAUGUUGUAUUAUAGGAUUUGCAUCGUAUUGGUGGUCAAUUACAGUGGAAAUGACUGAAAACUCUGAACCAACAACCACUACAAUGUUGUUAAAAUAUAAUGAGCAAAAAGUUUCUUUUAAAAGUGGAAAUCAAGAUAUUGAAGGAACCCAAUCUGUUAAAGAAACUGAUGCCAAUAAAAACCAACUUGCAAUUCUAAAAGUUUGUUUGGCAUUCUCAGUGUUAGCAUUCGUAGUUCUAACUGGAUGUAUGGUAUUGAUCGUUGCUCAUUUCCUAAAUGCUUUGAAAUCAACUAGAUUCCCAUUUUCCAUACUUGGAAGAGUACUUCCAUUUGUUGCGCUAUUAUUCUGUUUGGUUUCUAUGUUGGUCUUCCUUGCAUUCCCCAAUGCCAUGAAGAGAGAUUGUGAAAAUCAAAGCUCCAAUAACAAUAACAAUAGUGGUGAUAUCAAUUUCGGAUGUGAAAGUGACAUGACCAAGAAAUUCAUUGGCUCAAUAUCGGCAGCCGGUACAGAAAUCAAAUGGGCACCCACUACUUCUUGGGCUGCGAUGGUAGUAGCUUGUGGUUUAAUAUUUGGAGGUUCAAUUUUCAAUUUUAUUUUUGGAAACUAUGAAGAAUCAACUCCUCAUUAA